AUGUCUCUGAAGCUUCUUCUCAUUCUUCUCUUCGCCCUGACCUCCAUCGCGGCGGCUCAAUCCGCCACCGCGGCCGAACCCAGCAAGGAAACAAGCCAUCUCCCCAAGCCUACUUCCGAUCCGCCGGCGGCAGAGCCGACGGUUGGAGAAACAAGGGAAGGUGCAGGGGCAGGGGAGGGCGAGGGGCAGAGGAAAAAGCACAUUGACAAGUCGGUGGCCGGCGGGGGAGUUAUAAUCGGCGGCCUUCUCACCGCCGUGUGUAUGGCGGUCUUCUGUUACAUACGCGUGACAAGGAAGAGAGACGACGAGCUGCCGAUGUUUGUGAACGGGAAAUCGACGGAUGCUCUGGCUUUGGAACGACAGUCGGUUACGUCAUCCCCUUCUUCUCACUGA